AUGUACCGGGAGGCCAGGCUGCUGGACUCUCGCCGGUUCGACGACUGGCUGGACCUGCUCACCGACGACGUGAAGUACUGGAUGCCCCUCAGGUCCAAUCGCUAUCCCGCCAACAAGGAGGGCGAGAUUUCCCGCGAAGACGAGCUCGCCAUCAUGGACGAGGACAAGGACUCGCUGACCCGCCGCAUCCGCCGCCUCGACUCCGGCAUGGCCUGGGCCGAAGAUCCGCCCUCCCGCACCCGCCACUUCGUCUCCAACAUCGAGGUGGAGCCGGGCCAGCGCGACUCCGAGCUGCGGGUCUACUCCAACUUCAUCAUGUACCGCACCCGGGGCGAGACCGAGGAGGAUUUCUACGUCGGCAGCCGCGAGGACGUCCUCCGCCGCGAGAACGGCCAGCUCAGGGUCGCCUACCGCAAGGUGGUCCUCGACCAGACCGUCCUGCUAGCCAAAAACGUAAGCAACUUUUUCUGA